UCUCCAAGGGCUACAUCAUAUCGCGCCAAAUAAUACGUGAAAAUAGUGAAUAAUUGUAGUUUCCAAUAAGUUAAUUGACCUAAUUUAUAUAAUUUUUAGUAAGCUGGAUUGGACAUAUACAUGAUAGGGUGGAACUGAACGGUAAUUGAUCUGAAAUGAGUCAGGUGGACAACCUUAUUCCAGAACACAUCAAGUCAUCCCUCAGUGAUGCAGAAAAUGACAGUGAUGGCGAGAUCAACAUGGACAGAGUUCCGUUUGCUAAAAAUACCAUACGGAUGGACUUGAAACAAAUUGACAGGAGUCUGAAAGCAAUGAGUGCUCAACAAAAUAAAGAAAACAUGAAGAACACUGGUGACCCAGAUGAAAACCAAAAUAGAUCAGUGACACCAGUUAAUGAGGUUGAACCUGGGCAGCCAUUGACUCCAACAGCAAACUUGAAGGUGUUGUUUAAUGCAAUGAGCCCUGAACUUCGGAAUAGAGAUGAGCAGAAACUGAACUCUGAUGAAGAUGUUUUCAGUUCUAGUCAAGAAUUCCAGUUUGAAACUAUUAUUGAAGUUCCAUCAUCUGCAGAAGCAGAAAGCAAGUUUGGUCCAUCUAGAAAAGAAAAAUCCCUUGGUUUACUUUGUCAGAGGUUUCUUCAGAUGUACCCAGAACAUCCAGAGCAAGGAGAGAAGAUAGAGAUAUGCUUAGACGAGGUGGCCAGUGAACUUCAGGUGGAGCGAAGAAGAAUCUACGACAUUGUAAACGUUCUUGAGAGUGUGGAGAUAGUCAGCCGUGUGGCAAAGAACAGAUAUGCCUGGCAUGGGAAGCGGAACCUCGGUACAACACUUGCCAAACUCAAGGCCCUGGGUGACAGUGAGAGGUUUGGUGAGCAGAUUCAGAAGCUCAAGGACUUUGAGUUUAACAGGGAACUAGAGGAGCAGUUUGGACGCUCGGAUCCAAGGUUGAAAGCUAAUGGGAUGGAUGCAGACUUCUCCAUAUUUGGAGAAAGCUCCCUAUUUAAUCAAGCUGCACUACGCAAGGACAAAUCCCUGGGAAUUAUGAGUCAGAAGUUCCUUAUGCUGUUUUUGGUUUCAAGGCCAAAGACUGUGAAUCUGGACCUAGCGGCGAAGUUGUUGAUUGGAGAUGCCAACAUUGACAGGACAGAAAGCUCAAAAUUCAAGACGAAGAUCCGACGGCUGUAUGAUAUUGCCAACAUCUUGACCAGUCUUGGCCUUAUCCGGAAGGUGCAUGUGACGGAAAUAAGAGGUCGGAAACCAGCAUUCAAAUACACAGGACCAGAUGUUGAUCUACCCACAGAAGUGAAUCUCACAUGCUGCACAGAUGGUUGUCACCGCCCCAGUACCAGGCACUCCAUCCUGGACUGUGUACAGAACACCAGAGUUGCCAAAAUCAUUGAUACCUACAACAGAGAAUGCCAUACAAAGAAGCCUGAUGGCACAAAAGAGGACAAGCUUAGGUUCAGUCGACAUACCUCAUUCGAGACCCUGUGUGCUGUAGCGUCUGUAGAAACAGACAAACUCAACGCCUCGGCUCCUUCUAGUCCUGUCAAAGGCACUCCAGCAUCGGACAGUGAUGGCGAGUCAAAACUUCCCACAAGGGGAUUUGUUAGAAAGCGUCCAAUCCGGGCUGAGGACGGGGAUCCAAACAGCCCCGACUCCAUCAUCAUCAAGACACGGCAGGUUAUCAGUGGAAAACAACCAACAGUCAUACCAUUGACUAAAGACCAGAUAGAUGCAGUUCUCCGCUCGCUUAAGGUACCUGUGCCUGUAAAGAAGACUGCUGUAACAGACGCUCAGACCCAAUCCUCGCCACCUGUAGACGAUCAGAUUAAAAUUGAGGACAAUGUUACGAAUAUUAAGGUGGAAAAGAUAGAGGAAGUUGAAAUGAAAGAAUUGAAUGAGAAAACACCAGUUGUAACUAUAAAUACACCGGACAAAGGCAUUAAGAGGCCUGCACCCAGUGGAGAUACUAUUCCCCUGGAUAAGAGGGUCAAGUUGACGUUUUCUUCUCCAAAUUCUGUGGGUGAAGAGAAGUCACCGAUAUUGCUUUCACAUGAUACCAUUGCUAGGCUUAAGAAGAAAGUUAUUGAUGAUAAGCCUUCACCUCAAAGAGCAUUACAUCUGACUCCAGAAUUCACAAAUCCAAAGAACAGUAUGAUGCCUAGUGGGGAUGCCUCCAGUUCUCAAACACAAUCUGAUGGGGAUGGCAAGCCACACUCAAAGAAAAUAGAGAUUAUUAUUAAUGACCCAUUAUCAAGUGUUCAGACUACUAAACUAAAACCCUCUGGAAUUGUUGCAAGUUCCCCAGUAGUGAGACCAGCUCCAUCAGUUGUUCAUUAUUCCACGUCCCCUCGAGCUGGUACCAUAUUACAAAGUCCAAGAACAAAUGCGGGUAAAACAGUUGUUCAGUUAACUAACCAGCCAUCUGCCAUAUUGCAUUUGCCAGUCAUGCCAUUACAGCAGAAUGUUCAUCAACGGGUCAGUCAAGCUAGUACGCUGACAUUAUCACCUGGUAUCCAGAUUAUUCAGAAUGGUCAGCAGAUUAUGCAUCUGCCAGUCAGUCUCAGUCCGAUGACCCAGACGAGCACCAUGGUGGGCAGUCCACGUGUGAUCACCUACACUCUACCCAGCUCACAAACGAUCACCAACAUUCAACUUGUUCCUGCCCAGACUGGCUCAAACAUGGGGUCACCUCUUGUCCGGCCAAUAGCCACAAAGGUGACAGCUUCACCAAGGGCGGGGUCCCAGAUUGUGGCCCCACAGAUUGUGAGCAAGUCGCCAGUGUACAUCCACAGCACCCCUGGAGGGUUUAUGCCCAUAUCAACUGCUGCAGCCAGUGUGCCUAAGGUGCUUGUAGCCUCAUCAAAUCUGUCCAUGACAGAACUCCCUACCUCAGCUGUUCUUACUAAAUCUUCCUAACACGACAGUUAUUGACCCUAUUUCUUUACUCUGACUGAUUUCUCACUAAGUCAACCUUGUAAGUUCAGUAAAAAUAUGAACAUUCAUAUUGUAACGUAUUAAUGUAAACAGUCGUCAAAUAACUUUUUUGAUUAAUGGGACAGUCGAUCAUGCCCGACUUAAUGAAAGUUUUGAACAAGAAAGACAUUCAAUAUAUUUCAACUAGGUUUUUGAGCUUGUGCUUUUUUGAUUACAUCAAAAAAGGCGUUGAGAGUUGCUCUGUACAUGUUAAAUGGAUCCCUGUGCUUGCUGUUAUGCGGCUCUUGUGCUUUCAUUGUUAAGUAUUUGGAUUAAAGAUUAUUUUAUUUUUGUUUUAAGUGCUUUUAUCAUUUAACUAGUUGAGUCUAGUCUCGGAAUGAAAUCUUAAUACAACUUCAUUAUAAUUUCACGUUGAUUUGCAGCUGUAGCUAGGUUUUAACAAUGAAAAUGGCAGAUUGUUAGUUUUUUGAUUCUGUAAUUUAGACAUUUGUCUGCUCUGUAUGAAUGGAAUAUCUGAUUAAAAUAAUAAAGCUUAAAUAAAACCGGUAUGUAUUUAAAACAUUAGUCCUCUUUUAUUUCUUACUCAAGCAAUGACAUAAGAAUCAAUUGAAUUUUUUAAACAUAAAUGUCCCAUGUUCUUAUACCCGAUAGUUAAAUUUAUAGUAUAUAAUUUUUUAACUGGUAAAAAGAGGUUAAAGAAUAACUCAAAUUGAGAUGGCAUAAUAUUUUGAGUGCUUACUGCUGAUUUGGGUCUUAAUUAGAGAUUUAUAUACCCUGUAGCACUGUGUCAAAUUCAGUAGUUUCCUUCAGGUAAUAAAAGCUAUCAUAGGAAAAGCAUGAAAGUAGAUGAAUUGUAAAAUUCAAAUGUGUUAUUGUAUGUAUGUGUGUUACAAUGUGAUCACUUCCAAAAGUGCAUGGAUAUUUUGUAACGGAAAUUGUAAAGUAAUUGUACAUAAUUGUAUCGAAUGUACCUAUAAUUUAUGAGUAUCUGAAAAUAUAUUCCAAAAUAUGGAAUCUAAAAAAUUCAUUAUAGUUUCUGAUCUGGGUUUUUUUUUGUGCUUUAAUUGUCAAAUUCAGCUGAAAGCUGUUAAUUAUAUUUAUGAGUUUUGUUUAUUCUACAUAAAUAAGGCAGCCUAUUUAUUGGUAUUAUUAUAUUAAUUAUUAUCUAGCAGAAUCCAAUUGUAUUAUAAUAAUAUGUAAGGAUGAUUAUAUAAGUUGCAAAUUAUUUGUAAGGCACAUAUCAAUGUUUUGCCCAAGAGGUGACAAAGAGAACAUUUCGAUGUCUGUAAUCCACUUGCGAGCAGGCGGAAUUGUCGGAGCGGGUGUACACACCACCCAAGUUCAUGAAUUAAAUGGGUGGGGAUCUCAAUGCGUUUGUUGCCAUCCUUAUGAUGGAUAUUGACCAAUGUUUUAAGUCUCCAGUGCCGCAAUGCCCCUUCCACCAUCACCCCAGGGGCAAAACGUAUUUGUGCAAAAGUUGACUUAGUGAUUAUUUUGUUUUUUCAUAGUCAAGUAUUCUAGAUAGAGUGUAAAAUUGUAUUUCUAUUUUGUUUAACUUUCUUAAAUUGCUCAAUGUCUUGUGGAUACGAUAGCGCAUUUGUACAAAUGGGUUUAGGAAUAGAUGUUUUCAAUGGUAUUCUAGUGAGACAAAUGAAGCCUUUCAACUUCUCGAUUUGUUUUCGAGGUUGAAUAUCUUGUAGCAUGCAAACUAUUUCAUUAAAUUUGUUUAGGAAUGUUAUUGUUAUAGACUGUAUCAGUUUUAUAUGUGAGCCUGGUUUUAUAAUUUUAGUAUAUUUUAUGAAGUCUUAAUAUUUUAUAAGCAAGUGAGAAAAUUGUGUUUUUUUACUUUAAAAAUUACAGCAUGUUUUAUUGACUAAAAAAACUUUCAACAGUAUAUACACUGGAUGUAUAGGACUGUAAUAGGGUUUAGAAUAGUGCAUUGAAUGACAGAAAAGAGGCUUUUGCCUCAGGCAUCAUAUUCAUACAAAGAUGAAAUAAUAAUAUUUUAAACAAUAAUUUAAAAAAAUCUUCACUUUAUUCCCCGAGUUUGAUAAGGCUAGUCCAAUGAUAAUACAUGCAAUAUGAAUAAGUAAGUUUUACAUUCACUAACAGAAAAAGGACAAACAUUUGGUAGUUCGGGAAAAGAAUCCAUUAUGAUUAAAAAAAGUUUUAUAUUGGAAGAAAUAUUUUAUAUUGCCUAGUUUUCAGAAAAAGAACUAACCUAAGUUCUGGUAAAGUCAUUUUAGCUACUGUUACUCAGUGGGUGAAAAUAAAUGUUCUAACUGAAAAUAUGUAUUUAUUUACUUUUUAGAGGACAAUUCUUGGAUGUUAGAGCUUGUGAAAAUGUUUUGCAAAAAGUAACUUUAUCUUGCAGGAAUGGCUUGCAAGUGCAAUUGUACAUAGCAGUUGUAUCUGGGUAUGUCAUAGCAAAUAAAUGUAAUUUAUUA